GCCGCCAGGCAUUACAAUAAAAAAAAAAUGAAUCAGAAAGAGAGAUAUAGACGAAGGACAUGAGAUAAGAGAGAAAGAGACGGCGAAAUAAUUGUUCUGGUUGUAUGGUGAGGAGGUGGGGAACUUCACCUGAGCGGAAAGUGGCAACACACAGCAUUACAUCGCCGGUGGGGUAGCAAAGCAGCUGAACAACUCCAGUACCUUGUACCGCACACCGAUCCGUGUAGUGCAGAUUAUAAAAGCAGGUUACCCGUGUUUCCAAGGUGACAUAUCAAAGCUAGCGUAUCGUUAGCCAAACUUUUAUUGUUAACCGCUACGAAACAAGUGGCAGAACUGUAACUGCGACAGCAAGUGAUACUGUUCAUUGUGAAACAAUGUUCGCGUCAUUAUCGUCCAUAUAUAACUAGCCGUCAAAGUGCAUGUGGUUAUGUGGGAGUGGAGUGAUGUUACGAGUGAAGUGCCGCAGAGGAAGCUGAAACUGACACCAGAACAACGUCCGUAAAAGCAGUUUCCAAGGGCAACAGCCAUAACGAUGGCAUCAGACAGGUUUCACAAGGCCGCGAAGGACGGUAUCCUGGACAUCCUGAAGGAGGCGACCCGCAACGACUGUAACAGCCGCGAUGAGGACGGCAUGACACCGACACUGUGGGCAGCCUUCGAGGGGAACCUGGAAGCCUUGCGCCUCUUGGUGGGGCGGGGGGGCGACCCCGACAAGGCAGAUCACUUCGGCAACACGGCGCUGCACUUCGCGGCGGCGCGCGGACACACAUCGUGCGUCACUUUUCUCGUCAACUUCGGCGCCAACCUGUGGGCGCUGGACAUCGACUUCCAUACGCCCAAAGAGUUGGCUGCCAUGAACAGCAGAGAUGACAUUCUGCGCUUCCUGGACGGCGUGGCGGCCAAGGAAGAGGCUUCGAACAAAAAGAAAACAAAGGCAUUGAAGGAAAAGGCACAGAAGGAUGCAGAGAAGAGAAAUAAGAACUAUGAGAAGAUGAAGCAGAAAGCAGAAAGACUGGCUGAAAAGGAACAGAAUCGGCUAAGGAAGGAACGAGAAAAGAUGCUGAACAGACCUGAAGAUGUACCUGUUAUGCCACACAGGCCAUCAAAUGUGCUGACAAUUUUGAAGCUGAAAGCGAAAAAGAACCCUGGGUUUUCAAAUACAAAUGGAAACCCAAGUCCUCGGUUCUCUGAGAUUGUCAGUGGGGGAGGAGCAGGAACCCUGAUAAGUGGAGGGAAGAAGUUAGGGGUCACUGGUGUGCAGAAGAAGCUGAUCCAGAAAAUGAAUAAGACUCACCUGCCAGCUGCAAACAACAGGCAAGGAGCAGGUGACUUCAAAAUAGGACAGGUUGAGAUGGACGGCAAACGCUCUGUGCGGAGUCUGACAGGUCUGCGUCGUGAUUCAGAGGUCCUGUAUGCUGGUUCAUAUGAAACUCAGGCAGGAGGAAAGCAACGAGGGAAGAUUGGGGACGUGUUUGACACUCAGGGUGAACUGAGCCGCUCCACGUCGGAACCUGACUUCCUGCAUAACACUGACAGUGGCUUUGGGGAUGAAGUGUUGCUACAAGAACCUGCCAGUAUAUUCGACAGACCUGGGUUUGGAAGUGUGGCCUUUAGGAACAGCAUCAGUGCGACUUUGAGUGCUCUGCCCAGAACAGAUGACAAGGUAAGCACUGUGACAUCAAACAGCGACAAGGGAGGAGGGGGCAGUGGGACAGAAGACUGCAGUAUAGGUAGUGCUGGCAGUCUUGCAAAACGCAACCAACACAACACACAGGGACUGCCGUGGGAUGACGAGGAUGUUGAGAGUGAUGAAGAUGAUGCCAGUGGCAGUCCCCCACAGUGGUCACCCCUGCAAUUAUUCCUGAUGUCUGCAGGACUUAGUGAGUAUGUGAACUGCUUUGUCAGUGAACAAAUAGACUUGCAAGCCCUGAUGCUUCUCACAGAGGAUGACUUGAAGUCGCUUGGCCUUAGUAUGGGACCAAGAAAGAAAUUGCUCAAGGCUAUAAGUGACAGGAAGGCAGCACUGGAAGAUCCAGGUGAAGUGGCAGACAGUAAAUUGUAGUAUGACAUUAUAUGUUGCUGAACACUACAAAGAGGGCACUACCAGAACUGAGUGGAUGAUGGAACUUAAUAACCAGUCCCUUUGUAUGCUUGGAGAGAAUCUGCAGGCCUAUAUUCCAGAUAUAUAAAUCAGAGUAAUUUACUUCUUUUACUAUGUAAGUUUUACAGAAACUGUAAAAACAAAAUGACAUUCACCACCACAGAAUAUCAUAUUUAUUUGUACACAACAUGGCCUGACAUGAUGUGUGCACCAUGUUUCCAAAACACAAAGUAAAACAAGAAAUGUUUUGCAACAGUCCUAGUUUGUAAUGCAGUAGACCAUUUUUAAAUAUUAAUUUUAUAUCAUGAAAUUAUUAAUUGCUUUUGUUUGUAUUGUAACUUAUUUUCUCUUAUACAAAACAUAUCUUAAGGAAAUAAUUACUGGAAAUCAGCAUGUCACACACCCUUUCAUGUAAGGUGUACAUUUUUAAUGAGACUAUACAGUGUUAGAUGAUAGGAAGAUUGAUAAAAUUGGAAGUGAUUUGGAAGGGAGUGGUUACGGCGUAAUCAAGGUACUAUCCCAGCAUUUGCCUAGAGGAACUGAGGGGAACCAUAAAAGCCUCAGUCAGGAUAUCAAGAAUCCCAUCUGAGAUUCAAACUGAGCACCUCCAAAAUACAAGUCUAAAGUGUUACUGAUAGACAAAACUAUUUGGUAUUUUGUUUCCAAAACAAAAGAUAAAAAAGUGGUAAAUAUUCUGGUUAAUGAUGCAAAAUUACAUUUUAAAUAUUCUUUUCUUAGCACCAAAUUAUAUAUAGUAUUUCGUCAAAAAAGAUCUUAUAUCUGAUAACAAAAUUGUGAAAACAUUUCCGGUUAUCAGUAGGAAAUGAUACAAAUUCUUAUAACCAUAAAAUUGUAUAAAUGAAUUUUAUAGACGAAAGCAAUCAAGUAUAAUGUAUUGAUAUAAAUAAAAAUAAUUAAACUGGUAAACAAAUGUAAAAAAAUAUUUUCACCAUUGUAACUACAUCCUGUAGCAGAGCACAUGGGUAAAGUGUCCACCAGCAGUUCUCAAGUGUAACCAUCAGCUUUAUCAUGAAUGCUCAUAACAUAACUGAUGUAACAAGUUUCAUUCCAAUAUUGGGAUAUAUUUAUCUGCAUAAUCAGAAUAAAUUAUUUUUCCUGUACAGUGAUUAAACUUCACAUUCACUGUAAGUUAUUUAUGUUUCAUGCUUAUGAACAUGUCCAUGGAAUAUUUUAGUUUGAACUGGUAUUCUGGAUUGUUCAUGCUUGAAGAGCAAGAAUUACAAACUUGCAGCAAUGUCAGUAUUUCAAUGAUAGAUAUUAAUGUGUUAACAUUGUAACUCCUGAAAUAAUAUAGAUAUCAUGUUUCAGCUACCAAAUAUAAUCCAUGAAAUGUGCAAAUGAUAUGUGAGUAAAUUUGGCACUUGGCAAAUAAAUUUGAAGACAAACUUCUGACUGUAGCUCAUCUUGGAGCCUAAUAAAGUUUACAAUUCAGAGAUAUUAGUGUAUUUCAUAACAACUUAAUGGAGGGUGGUUUCAUUUCUAACAGUAGACUAUUAAAAAAUUACUAAUUCAGCUGUAUUCUAAGGGUAGUCAACAGGUUCUGUUGGGAACCACUCCAUAGCAUAAAUAUAACCCAUUGCAUGCUACAGUUUACUCACCCUCACACGAGUAAUUGAAAUAGAUUUAUAUCCUCACUGUGCACUUGGAAAUUAGAUAGAGGCCUACCAAUUUUAUUAGCAAUUUUCUCUGAUAGUUUGAGUUCUUAUGAGUGUAAUAUUGUCAUGCUCUAUUCAGUAAAUAAAAUGGAAUACAUACAUCUCAUAAUAUCAUGUAUGUAAGGAAUUGAAAUUGGGCUUCAUUUCUAAACAUUGUGUUGGAAGUAAGGAUUCAAAAAAAAAAGUGAACAGAAUUUGAGUGUAUGCAGCAAACUACAUGUUUUUGGCAUGUAUUGGAAAAGGGAUGCACCAGUAACAUGCAUCUGCCUCUUGCAUGAGAAAUACUCUUACAUAAACCCAGUACACAGACAAGACAAAACAUUUUUACUUUAGUUCUUCUGUGGGCAUCUUCCUAGGCAUCAGAGCAGAUUGAUAUGUAAAAGAUUUCUGAUACAUACAUAGUAAUGUGAUCACUAAUUCAAGUAUCAUCUAUGGUAAUUACACUGUAUGAGGGAAGAGAACAGGUAACACUUCCAGUGGCAGCUGGCAGAACUACCUCAUGGCAGUGCAUAUAGGCACACUGGAGAUUUGUUUCUGUAUAACAGAUUCUUGGAUACCAGAUAACCAGGAGUCUUCUGUAUGUUCAUAAUGAACCUCAGAAAAAUGAAAUAUACAAACUUGAGAUUUUUUGUGUUUUGAUGAGAUAUUAAAAUGUCAUAACACAUUAAAAACAUUAGAUCAUAAUGUCGCAUUGUGUUGUAUUUCAGUUGUAUUUGUUUCUACGAGUAUUUACACAAUUUUUGUAUGUGCAUAAUACAUGUUCACAUAUCAAAUGUAAACAUUGGCCAAUGCACAGUAUAGGAUGAUGGCCAAAACGCUGAAACAUAUAGGAAAUUUUAAUGUGAAGUGUGCGUAUGUAAGACAUUACGCUGACAGAAACUAAUACAAUUAUUAUAAUACAUUGGUUGGUUAAUGUGACUUUCUUCUUUCAAAUGUAAAUUGGAAGGAUUCCGGCAAAUAGGAACAGAAAUAAAGUAAAGGUAAGGAAAGAAUAAGUGAAGUGAAUGUUGAUGGCACUAUGAGUAAAUGUAGGUAUGUAAUAAAAUUGUCACUAGAAUAAUACAAUCAUAAGAAACAGAGAUGACUACUUUAAACACAAACUGAAACAAAUUAAACUUCCACAGGUGUGAACUGCUCAAAUGUUUAUGUUUCAAUCAAAACAUAUAUAUCUCUUUUGCAGUUCUCAUAGCACAAAUCAUGGCUGAAAUUGUAUCUCUUAAGAUUUUAAAGAGUAAAAAAGACACGUUUCAGAAAGAUUUCCCAGUUACAGCCAUAAUUUUUAAUCUGCUAGUGUUCGAAGAGUAUAAAAUACUCAUUUUAAAAAGUGCUGUCAUUUACAGCUGUAAAUACUGGCAUACUGUAUUGGCUGAGAAAUACAGAAAUGACCAAUUUGCCCACAGAAUAUUUCUUUGAUUAUAAAACACUUAAAAAAAAACUGAGAAUCAAGUAAACUAUUUCCUUUCAUCUCUUUCACUGUUUUUUCUAUUGUAGAUUUUUAUAAAUAACAAUUUAUGCAGUGGAGAUGAAAAUGUAUCUAUUUUGUGCAAUAUUAUAUAUCCAGUGUACAGUAUUGUAAACUUUUCAUAACAAGUUUGCUUUCGCAUGACAGUUAGAAGGUAUCUGAACCCAUGUUCAAGUUUAUGUUGUUGUUUUUUUAUUUUCAUCAUCUGGGGAAUGUCCUGUAUGCAGUUACCAACAGCUGUAUUUGUAUGAUUAGUUUACUUUAAAGAGAAAAAGCUAAUUUAAAAAGCUUCUGUUGAAAACAGACAUGUAAACUAUUGCUAAAAUUCAUAGAGACAUUGGAAUCUACUAUAAUUAGAAGUAUUUCUAAGAAAGAUGCUUUCACUUCCAUAUGAUGCCAUCAUAAAAUCUGUUACAUUGUAUAUAGUGUUCUGAAGAUAAGUCAUAGAAUAGUUUUUUAAUUACUACAGUACACCAAAGAAAGGGACAUUGUGUUAUGAAGUGUCCUUCAAAACAGGUUGCAUUUCCCUAUUGACAUUGCAAAGAAGAAAAAAAAAGGUAGAUCUAUCCCUGUAACAGGUCAUGGAGAUCCAUAGGGUUGUGAGACAUUGU